UCCUAAAUUAAGAUGGCGACGUUGACCAGGAAGUGAGAUAAACAACCGUGCCGAGAAAAUAAAACAUAAUAAUGGCGUAAAGGUCCCGAUUUACACGAACCAAAAAAACAGAGUUAGAAGAGAGGCAGCCCGCAGGGGGGAGAAUGCUGGGAUUAUGAGUCUGAGCCGCGUGCGAGAUGGCUGGAAAAUGAUGAAACCUUUCGCUCCCUUUGACACGUUGGCUGGGUCAGUCAUCAUGCUGCUGCACAGAGCCUGAUGCCCAUUCUUUCCACAUCUGCUGUCAUGGACACGGAGGACUUCCUGCACCCAGAGGGCCCUCAGCUGAGGAGCCCAAAGUACAGUGUGCCCAGUCCUCCACUCCCUAACUCCAUGGAGAAUCAGCUGUUUUCCACUAACUCGUGGCAGCCGUUCUCCCAGCAGCCUCAUUACAACCAGCACUAUCCUAUGCAACAAUCUGGGAGGCAGUACCAGCCUAACUCUGCGUCUCUGGAUGUGUUCAGUGACAUGGACUUCUCUGACCUCACAUCAAGCAGAAAUGAAGACUUUGCGCCGGAUCUUUCGUGUAUAGAUGAAUUGUCCAACACAUCUCUCUUCUCCUCUACUCCUGACUCUCUGUCUGAGUAUGCUGACCUCGGCAGCCUGGCCCACAUAACAAACCAAGGCUCCACCUCCGCACCAGCAUUUUGGGAAACACCUGGGCACAGUCAGAGAGAGUUGGUCCCAUCAGUUCCUCAUUCGCACAAGUUUUUGAACAGUCUGGACGAAAUCAGUGCCAUCCUGAGCAACACCCCGAUAGCAGGACAUAAGUUGCCUCCACCCGAGGAAGAAGAGGAGGCAGAUGUGGAAGAGACAGAAGAACUCGGGCACAUGGACACAUAUGCUGAAUACAAGCCAUCCAAAUCUACCAUUGGAAUCUCUCACCCAGAUAUUGUGGUAGAGACCAGCACUCUCUCUAGCGUACCGCCUCCAGAUGUCACAUACACUCUUUCUAUCCCAGACAGCACCAUCCAGACUGGUCUACUGUCCGCCUUGCAACUUGAGGCUGUCAUCUAUGCCUGCCAGCAACAUGAGGUGAUCCUGCAGAACAACCAAAGGGCAGGUUUUCUGAUUGGGGAUGGAGCUGGUGUGGGGAAGGGCCGCACUGUGGCCGGCAUCAUACUGGAGAACUACUUAAAGGGAAGGAAGAGAGCCCUAUGGUUCAGCGUGUCUAAUGAUCUGAAGUACGAUGCAGAGAGAGACCUCAAGGACAUAGAGGCCCCCAAUAUUCCUGUUUUUGCUUUAAACAAGAUUAAGUAUGGAGACACAGCUACCUCAGAGGGUGUCCUGUUUGCAACAUACUCAGCGCUGAUUGGGGAGAGUCAGGCAGGAGGACAGCACCGCACCAGACUCAAACAGAUACUGGACUGGUGUAAACCUGACUUUGAUGGAGUUAUUGUGUUUGAUGAAUGCCAUAAAGCCAAAAAUGCAACGUCCACUAAGAUGGGCAAAGCUGUACUGGACCUGCAGAACAAGUUGCCCCUGGCCAGGGUGGUCUAUGCUAGUGCCACAGGUGCCUCUGAGCCAAAGAACAUGAUCUAUAUGAGCCGGUUAGGGAUUUGGGGAGAGGGAACACCCUUUAAGACAUUUGAGGACUUCCUGCAUGCCAUUGAGAAGAGGGGUGUUGGUGCCAUGGAGAUAGUUGCCAUGGAUAUGAAAGUCAGUGGCAUGUACAUAGCCCGGCAGCUCAGCUUUUCUGGCGUGUCGUUCCGGAUAGAGGAGAUCACACUGGAUGAGGAUUUCAAGGUGGUCUACAACAAGGCAGCCCGUCUGUGGGCCGAGGCUUUGGACCUGUUCACCAGGGCAGCGGACGUGCUAGGACUGGUCUCGCGCAAGUCCCUCUGGGGCCAGUUCUGGUCCUCUCACCAGCGCUUUUUUAAAUACCUUUGCAUUGCCGCCAAAGUGCGCCGCCUGGUGGAGCUUGCUCAGGCUGAGAUGGAACAUGGCAAGUGCAUUGUGAUUGGGCUACAGUCGACCGGUGAGGCCCGUACACGAGAGGUGCUGGAUGAGAAUGAUGGACACCUGGACAGAUUUGUCUCUGCAGCUGAGCGUGUGUUCUAUUCUCUGGUUCAGAAGCACUUUCCAUUAGAGAAACCGAAGAGAGAGAAAACACCUGGAAAUAAAAGAAAACGAAAGCCUAGAGGUCGACCACCCAAAUUCCCAAAGCACUGUGUGGAGGUGGGAGGGGUCAUUAAGAUCAGUGAUGACUCUGAUUCGGACUUUGAGGAUAUAGACAGUUACUCAAACUCUUCACCUGAGUCACUGCAAGACAACGAUGACGUCAUCUUCGUCCACCACAUCAAUGGACCUACAGCAAAACUGGAGGAACUGAGGCAUGGACUGCUGGCUAAGAUAGCGGGGCUGGGGAAAGAGCUUCCUCUUAACACACUGGAUGAGCUGAUUGACAGGUUUGGAGGGCCAGAGAAAGUGGCUGAGAUGACAGGGCGCAAGGGCCGUGUAGUGCGAAGGCCGGAUGGAAGGGUCCAGUAUGAAUCACGGGCGGAGCAGGGGCUCACUAUUGACCACGUUAAUGUCAAAGAGAAGGAGCGUUUCAUGGGAGGAGAGAAGCUGGUGGCGAUCAUCUCAGAGGCAGCAAGUUCAGGGAUCUCUCUACAGGCAGAUAAACGAGUGCAGAACCAGAGGAGGAGGGUACACAUGACCCUGGAGCUGCCUUGGAGUGCUGACCGCGCCAUCCAGCAGUUUGGUCGCACUCAUCGCUCUAAUCAGGUGACUGCUCCAGAGUAUAUAUUUCUGAUCUCAGAGUUGGCGGGAGAGAGACGUUUCGCAUCUAUUGUGGCCAAGCGCCUGGAGAGUUUGGGUGCCCUGACACAUGGUGACAGACGAGCCACAGAGAGCAGAGACCUGAGCAAAUACAACUUUGAAAACAAAUAUGGCACCAAAGCUUUGGAUAAGAUCACUAAAGCUAUACUGGGACAAAUUGACAACAAAGUUACUGCACCAAAAGGUUAUCCAGGGGGUGAAGCAAGGUUCUUCACAGAAAUGAAGAAAGGCAUGACUGAUGUGGGUAUUUUCUGUAAAGAACCACGAUUUGGACUCAACACAGAGAAAGACUGCACAAUCACUAAGUUCCUGAACCGGAUUUUGGGCCUGGAAGUGCAUCAGCAGAACUCACUCUUCCAGUAUUUCACCGACAACUUCGACUACUUGAUUGAAAAGGACAAGAAGGAAGGCAAAUAUGACAUGGGCAUCCUUGAUUUGGCUCCAGGUAAUGAUGAGAUCCACGAGGAGAAACAGGAAGUUUUUCUAACCCCUGGAAACCCCCAGGAAGGCCAGGUUAUCCUGUAUAAGAUCAGUGUGGAUCGGGGAAUGCCUUGGGAUGAGGCCUGCAGGAAAGCAGAGACGCUGACCAGGGAACAUGAGGGCUUUUAUCUCUCCCACAAGCUGCGAGGGAGCCAGCCAUGUGUGUUGUUGGCAGAGCAAGGCAGAGGUCGUAAUCUCGUUUUGUACAAGCCCAACAUUGGCAGACAGGCCCAUCCUGAGAACCUGGACAACUUGCAGCUGCGCUACCGCAAGGUGACGGCAGAUGAAGCCAAGGAUUGCUGGGAGAAUCAGUUUGUCUUUUCAUUUAAGAAAUGCAGCCAUGCCAACUGGAAGGGUAAGUGUAAGCAGGUGGAGCAGGGCCAGGAGUGCUGGCUGGGCAUGCGUCUACGGCAGUAUCACAUGCUGUGUGGAGCUUUGCUAAGAGUGUGGAAGCGAGUCGCAGAUGUGGUCUCUGAUGUCACCAACUCCAGCAUCUUACAAAUUGUGCGCCUCAAAACCAAACAGAACAGCAAGCAAGUUGGUAUAAAGAUCCCGGAGAACUGUGUGGAGCGCAUACGCAGUGAGCUCUCCCAGAUGGAUGCGGAGGUGAAGCGUGCUCGGCAGGAGAAGCAGAAGCUUGCACAGGAGAAGCUUCUGCAGGAGCAGCGUACCCGUCAGAUUUUCCUACGCCUGGAGCAACAGAAGCUCUCGCUGCUCAGCUGCAAAGCCUUCAAACACCCUCCGCCCUAUCCAGGCACCCACCCAGGCCAGGCUGCACCACCUAAGAGCCAGAAUGUUGACGAGGUACUUGACCUCACUCUCAGCCCCUGCCCUUCCCCAGAGCCCAUAGCCAAUGGUGCAAAUGGAAGCUCAGCUUUGAACGGAGCAGUUUGCAUAAAUGGUGGCUUUGGGAUGCAAAGAAGAGGAGGAAGUGGAGGGCUGAAGAUUCCUGAAACGUUUCACCUGGAAGAACUGAUCUCACAAGAGCAGCAGAGGGAACGUCAAGCUCCAUUACAGGGGGCCAUGGCCCACGUUCAGUCACGCCUUUCGCAGGCCCCCAGCUUCCUUGCUCUGAAGCAGCAGCUGAAGAACAGCCCACAGACCAUCCACACGCUGAAGCAGCAUACGGCACUAGGGGUGCUUCAACAAAGCAGGGCGCACGCACCCAGUGUGUUCAGCCCGCAGGACUCCAGUCAGGCAGCAGCUCGGUUUAACCCACAGAUACUGCGGCUACAGAACAACGAGGGCAAGCCACUUGCACAGCAUAAGCCGCAAGUUAACACUCUAACUAACCACACAUUGCACGGACACCAGCUUCAGCAGUGCACGGAUACCAUGCCACGACCGUCUCACUCAUUGUUACCUUCACCUUUACAGCAGGGCCAUCAUCAACAUGCAUCGAUGCACACCCACACCCCCAGCAUGCACUCACAUGUGCUAGAAAGGCAAGUGCCGGUAAACGAACAUGCAUCACUUUCACUAAAAACGUGUCAGCAAUCAUCGCAAGCCAUCAGCAGCCAGCCUGUGCUAAAAAGUUCCACAGCUCCACAGGACGACUUUGAUUUUGACUUUCCAUACACAUUCUCUUCUCAAGCUCCUCAAGCUUUGUCCUCCUCUUCUCAGUCGUUCUCUUGCUCUUCCCAGAGCACGUUGUCCCUCUUCCCCUCUGUCGUCUCCUCGUCUUCACUCUCAGACUCUGUCUCCUCCUCCAUCUUUGCUCCCUCCUCUGAGCGGCCUCACCUUCAAGUCAACGGCCAUUGCAGCAUGGAUGCUUUGGACGCACGUGAGCCACUGGACCUUAUGACUCGUGGAGCUUCCGCCGACCGCCGCCAGUCCGUCAUUCAGUACAAACCGCUAGACUGGGACAGCUAGUGGCCACUCAAGAGAGUGCCUGUGAAUCUACAGCACCACUGUACACGCACAUGUUAGUACUGUCAGUUCUCAUGAUUGCAGGGAUGUCCAGCUCCAGUCCAGGAACACUGUAGUCCAGUGUGGAUUGAUGCUUUCCCUGCUCAUACGCAUGUAGUAAGUUUUUGUUAAGGGAAAUCACUGAAAUGUGCUGGUCAAAGGCACUCCAGGACCAGAAUUGGACUCCUUAAUUUUUUGUGAUCUCAAGGCUGUCCAGCAGAUGUGUUUCUCAUUCAGAAGUAGAAGAGUUUUUUUCCCUCUUUUUCUUCAGUUUGUUCCCCUAGUAAGUUUGUUCCCCUAUAAGCUAGUUAUUUUCAAAGGUGUUUCAGCCAGCAGUGUUUUUUCAUUCAGUAAAGUUAUGGUCCAUUAACUAGGGGUGCUUCAUAUUCUCUUAUGGAGUUAGAUGACUUGGUAAUCCUCAUAGCUCAGAUGAGACUGGAGCUGUCUAACAUGACCUUUCAAUAAGGGAAACAGCCCUGGCUGCUUUUAGGAGUGAUUUCGCUGUACAUGCCUCACACAGUCUGUCUCAGUGUAUGCUGAAAAUGAAAAUACACUUUCAGAGUUCAAGGUACAUUAGUUAAGAUGCUCUUGGUUUUGUAGUCAUCUCAAAUCCAUUGUAAGUGUUGUAAUGGGAGUAACUAACUGACAUUUGUCACUGUCGCUUCUUGUCCUGUUUCUGAAGGAUGCAGCUCUCGGCAUGUUUGUCCAAAUGUGACGGAUUUGCUUGUGUGUUUCUCUUUGUUACAAAUGCCUUGAGUGCACCGACCAAACAGGAAGGGGUGAUCAAUCCUAGUUCAUGCAUCUUUAGCUGUUUUAAGGUUGAUACUUGUUCAUUUUUUUCAUUAACAUUCGUUUAUGGCUUUCAUCACACACAUUGUUGAUUUGCUUUUGUGAGGAGUUCAAUCAGACCUGGACAAAAUGCCUUUAGCUCAGUCAGUGCCUUCAUAUUUUUAAGAUGCAGUCUUUCAAUUUUCAACUCGUCUGUGUAUGUUUUUAUAUAUAUAUAUAUGUAUAUAUAUAUAUAUAUAUAUAUAUAUAUAUACACACAAACAAACAACAGUAAGUUCCGGCCACUCAAGCUGAUCGGUUGAGAGUCGUUUCUCACAAACACUGCAUAACUCUGCUAUGACGCUGUUGCUGAGCAACAACUUUGACAGCUGUAGGACACGGUCAAGCCAUUUGAACGUUUUUACUUCUUACUUUGCGCACAAACAAAUAAUGGAUACUUUUAAGAUCACAUUUGACCUACAGUCGAUUUGGUCAGACUCUAAAGAUGAGACUACACUAAAUUCCGAAACUGUCAUUACCAGUAAGCAAGAUUUUCAGUCGGCAGCUGUGACAGAAGAACACCUAAACAACCUGGAAUUAGCCAGAAAUUAACUGAAUACCUUUCAUCAAGCAAAAUGGGCUGUAAAAUGCUUUACAUACUGGCUGGAACAAAACAAGGAGCUGCUACUUUGACCUUGCUAACAUUAAAACGUAUUAAAUGGCACGUUCACGGCCCAAUUUAUUUAUU